AUGAAUAUCAGUCAUCAUGAAGAGUCAUUAAUUAAGACGAUAAAGAAUCACGUAAUUACGAUAUCAGUGCGUCAUAAUAACAAAAGCAAAUCUCAAAUUCAUAGUCCAGAAAAAAGAAAUAUUAGCUCGGAUAAGUUGUUAGCAAAGAAACAAAAGCAAAAUAGAAAUUCACAAUCACUGUUAUUUACAACAGCACUUCAACGAAAACGUACAUUAACACAGAUAUCGACUAUAACGAUUUCAACUAAACAUGUAGUACAAUCACAACAACAAGCAGACUUACGACCAUCAUAUCCACAACAACAAGCAAACUUAAGACCAACAUAUCCACAACAACAAGCAGACUUACGACCAACAUAUCCACAACAACAAGCAGACUUACGAUCAACAUAUCCACAACAACAAGCAAACUUACGACCAUCAUAUCCACAACAACAAGCAAAGUUACGACCAUCAUAUCCACAACAACAAGAAAACUUACGACCAACAUAUCCACAACAACAAGCAAAUGUACGACCAUCAUAUCCACAACAACAAGCAAAUGUACGACCAUCAUAUCCACAACGACCUCAGUCAACAACGAAAACACCAGCAGAACUACAGCCAGAUUCAGAAUCAUCAGAAUUACUUGCGUAUAUUAGAAAUAAGCAAAUAAAUACACUGGAGGAACGAAAUAUAUCCAGUGGCAAUGAAAGUGAUCUACUGGAAGAUAUGAAGAAAUUUGAAAAAAAAGUGGAACUUGUUCAUAAGCCUUCACCCACGACUCUUAUCAUUAGGAAUAUAGCUGUAGAACGUACAGUUCCAGUUGAUGCGAAUAUCGUCGACAAAACAACCACAGAAUUCGAAAUGCCACAAAAAUUUGACAUAAUCAGAAUUACAACCACUCAGUAA